AAAGAAGAGGAAAAUCAAAAUAGAAUUCCUCUGAGAAUUAGCCUGAGUUCAUUUUUUGUUUUAUAUCCUUAAAUCAAAAAGUCCCCACAUCAAUUCCUCUCUCUUCUUUCCCCCUCCAUUAAAUUUCCCAUUUCAUCUUCCCCAACAAUCCCAUUUUGUCAUGGGCGUCGUCGACAUGUCCAAUCCUCCCACCAAAGACUUCUUCGCCUCCCCUGCCCUCUCCCUUAGCCUUGCUGGGAUAUUCCGGGAUGCCGGAGCGGCUGCAGCAGCGGAACCCACGCCAAGUAUGGAGGUGGAGGAAGGAGACGAAGGGAGCGGAGGUAAAAGGGAUGAGACGGUGGAGAUUAGCAGCGAGAACUCAGGGCCCGCAAGAUCGAGAUCAGAGGAUGAAUUUGAUGGUGGAGAUGAUGAUGAGGAGGAUGACAAGGACAAAAGUAAAAAGAAGAAGAGAAAAAAGUAUCAUCGUCACACCGCAGAACAAAUUAGAGAAAUGGAAGCGCUGUUCAAGGAAUCACCCCAUCCUGAUGAAAAGCAGAGGGAGCAACUGAGCAAACAAUUAGGCCUUGCACCAAGGCAGGUCAAGUUCUGGUUCCAAAAUCGUCGAACUCAAAUUAAGGCUAUACAAGAGCGGCAUGAAAAUUCUUUGUUGAAACAAGAGAUGGAUAAACUCCGUGAAGAAAACAAAGCCAUGAGAGACACCAUAAAUAAAGCCUGCUGCCCCAACUGCGGCACUGCUACCACCAGCAGAGACGGUGCCUUGACUACGGAGGAACAGCAACUCCGCAUUGAGAAUGCCAAACUUAAAGCCGAGGUAGAGAAACUGAGGGCUGUCAUCGGAAAAUACCCGUCGGGAGGAGCAGGAAACAAUUCAUGCUCAGCUGGAAAUGAUGACCAAGAAAAUAGAAGUUCUUUGAAUUUCUACACUGGGAUCUUCGGGCUUGAGAAGUCCAGGAUUCUUGAGAUUGUGAAUCAAGCGAUGGAAGAACUUAAAACAAUGGCUACAGCUGGGCAGCCACUCUGGGUCCGGAGCGUUGAGACCGGUCGGGAGAUACUCAACUACGACGAGUACGUUAAAGAUUUUCCGGUAGAAAGCUCCGGCAAUGGGAGGCCGAAGAGAUCCAUUGAGGCAUCCAGGGAGACCGGAGUCGUUUUCGUGGAUCUCCCUAGGCUUGUCCAAAGUUUCGUGGAUGUGAAUCAAUGGAAAGAAAUGUUUCCAUGCUUAAUUUCAAAGGCGGCUACUGUAGAUGUAAUUUGCAAUGGUGAAGGUGCUAAUAAAAAUGGUUCUGUUCAACUGAUGUUUGCGGAGCUACAAAUGCUAACACCGUUGGUGCCCACCAGAGAAGUGUAUUUCAUCCGGUACUGCAAGCAGCUUUCUGCAGAACAAUGGGCAAUAGUUGAUGUUUCCAUCGACAAAGUUGAGGAAAACAUUGAUGCAUCCUUAGUCAAAUGCAGAAAGCGCCCCUCGGGAUGUAUAAUUGAAGACAAAUCCAACGGCCACUGCAAGGUGACUUGGGUCGAACACCUUGAGUUCCAGAAAAGCACCGUUCAUAGCAUGUACCGGACCAUUGUUAAUAGUGGGCUGGCCUUUGGUGCAAGGCAUUGGAUGGCAACCUUGCAGCUCCAGUGUGAGCGGCUUGUCUUCUUCAUGGCAACCAAUGUUCCAACCAAGGAUUCAACCGGUGUUGCAACAUUGGCUGGGAGGAAGAGCAUACUGAAGUUGGCACAAAGAAUGACAUGGAGCUUCUGUCACGCCAUUGGGGCAUCCAGCUAUCACACAUGGAACAAGGUUUCCACCAAGACAGGGGAGGACAUAAGGGUUUCUUCCAGGAAAAACUUGAAUGAUCCUGGUGAGCCUCUUGGACUCAUUGUGUGUGCAGUUUCUUCAGUUUGGCUGCCUGUCCCUCCCAAUGUCUUGUUUGAUUUCUUGAGAGAUGAAGCUCGUCGCAGUGAGUGGGAUGUCAUGUCAAGUGGAGGUCCAGUACAAUCUAUAGCAAACCUUGCUAAAGGGCAAGAUCGAGGCAAUGCAGUAACCAUUCAAACAAUGAAGUCAAAAGAGAACAGUACGUGGGUACUCCAAGAUACCUGCACAAAUGCUUAUGAAUCCAUGGUGGUUUUUGCCCCUGUGGACAUAUCUGGCAUGCAGUCUGUCAUCACCGGAUGUGACUCCAGCAACAUAGCUGUCUUACCUUCAGGCUUCUCCAUUCUACCAGAUGGUCUCGAGUCGAGGCCACUAGUGAUCACUUCCAGACAAGAGGAAAAGAGCACAGAAGGAGGAUCUUUGCUCACGGUAGCAAUCCAAAUCCUAACAAACAGCUCUCCAACUGCCAAACUGACGAUGGAGUCUGUGGAGUCCAUCAACACACUCACUUCAUGCACAUUGAGAAAUAUCAAGACAAGCUUGCAGUGUGAAGAUAGUUAAUCACAGUAAUUUUGUUAGUUGGUAAGACAUUAAUUGUAAAACUGAUAGGUUUCUUCUUUUUCUUCUCUGCGACUUAUAGCAUUAAGGAAACGAGCUAUUUUUAUGUGGGCAUGUUUUAUUAUUGCCUCUUUGGUCAGAACAGAUCGUUUGGACAUCAGGGAUAUUUUUAGUGCACAUGCCGAGAAGGGGGAGUUUAGAAUUAAAAUCUAUAUAGAUUUAGGAAAUUGAGAAUUUUAUGUAUAUGAUUAUUAUUCAUUAAUGUUAUUUUUCAGUUGUUUUGAUUGUUUAAGGCCAAAACAAACUCAAAAGACAAAU